AUGGGACUGGACGUGGACUCAGUGCCGAUCGCAGAAGCUGCAGCACCUUCAAGCAUGGCGGCAACUGAGCCCCCAGCAGAUAAAAUUGCGCAGUUGGAUCGAGAUGCGUCCAAUGUGGCACCUAUGAACACGGACUCAUCAAGAGAGACGAUGCCAACGUCGCCUCGUGCUUUGGAACCUGCUCAGGUAACACCGUUGAGUUCAGACGUGGCUUACGAAGGCCUGGUGCAGGGAAAAGAUCCAUCUGACGAUUCGAUAAUCGCCGCAACGCCUCUGCAGCGAACGUUCUCGACGGUGGCACCGACAAUGACAACUCAGCCAAAUCGACUGCAGCUGAUCGAUGAAGAUCAGCAGUUCCAUGGGGCCGAGUUCAAUGACCACCUCAAGCAGUGGGGCUUGUCUGAUGCAGGGUUCGGGUAUGAUAUUUGCGCAGUGCUUGGCUCACAAUCGACUGGCAAAUCUACGCUGCUCAACCGGCUGUUUGGCACGAACUUUGACGUGAUGGAUGAGCGCGCACGACAACAGACAACCAAAGGUAUUUGGCUGUGCCGUGGAAUGGACCGGAAUGUACUCGUGAUGGAUGUGGAAGGGACAGACGGACGUGAGCGUGGUGAGGACCAAGACUUUGAGCGCAAGUCGGCUCUGUUCUCGCUUGCUACAGCGGAAUGCCUGAUUGUAAACAUGUGGGAGAACCAAGUGGGUCUGUUCCAGGGGGCGAACAUGGCGCUGCUGAAGACUGUGCUGGACGUGAAUCUGUCGCUCUUUCAGGCGGGACGCGCGCGUGCAGGAAGUGCGAAGGAAAAGACUCUGUUGUUGUUCGUGAUCCGAGACUUUAUCGGCACGACGCCCCUCGCGAAUCUGGAGGCCACGAUUCGUACGGACCUGCAGCGUAUUUGGGCCAGCCUGACAAAGCCGGAAUCACUCGUGCAUGCGGAGCUAGGCGACUUUUUCGACCUCGGAUUUGCAACACUUCCACACAAAGUGCUCCAAGCCAAGGAGUUUGAUGCUGAUAUUUUGAAGCUGCAACGCCGCUUUAUUGAUCGCGGUGAUGAAAGUUACGUAUUCAAAACUGAGUAUCACAAACGCAUCCCAAUUGAUGGACUGCCACAUUACCUGGAGGGCGUAUGGGAGCAGAUUGUGCAGAAUAAAGACUUGGAUCUUCCUACGCAGCAGGAACUACUAGCACAAUUCCGAUGCGAUGAAAUUGCAACGACGGCCUCCCUUGCAUUUUCAAGCGCUAUGUCAGCGCUGCGUGCCGAGCUGGAUGCCGGACAUGUGCUGGAAAGUCUUGGCAACGACAUGGCAAGGCACCGCAGCGAAGCGUUGGCCAUGUUUGACAAGGACGCAAGUCGGUAUCACCAGGUUGUGUAUGCACGAAAGCGAGAAGAUCUGUUGGUGAAACUGAAUGCAGCGCUCCUGCCGUUUUUCUUGUGCCAGCUGAAGAACUUGCACAACGAGUUGACGGAUCAAUGCAAGCGGGUAAUCCAAGAAGGCACAAAACAGCCGGCGUACAAUUUUGGCCUGCUUGUCGAGGAGGGUAUCACGAAAGCGAUGCGUGCCUUUGACGACGAGACGGCGCGACUUGUGUUGCCGGAGACCGACUGGAAAGUGGAUGACGAGCGCGCACAGCUGUUGGAUGAGCUACACACGCUGGCUCGGACUUUGCGCGCGAAUGAGACUCGGAAGCUGUCGAUUCAACUUGAAAAGGACAUGCGGCGCGAACUUGCGGAUCCUGUUGAGCUUGCUCUCUCCCAGCCCGAUAUUAGCAUGUGGAACAAUGUGCUUAGUGCGUUCCACCGAGUCAAUGAACAAGUUGCCAACAUGUACCGUACGCGAGCUGCGAGUCUGAAUACAACGCCAGACGAAGACACGACUGCAGUGGCGCAGCUGCAGCAAGCGUCAUGGCGACUGCUGCUAGAAAAGGUGCAUGAGCAGACGUCUGAAACAGUGCUGGCAUCAAGGCUGCGUGGCUACUUUGAGGACCGCUUCCGCUACGAUGCAGGAGGAGUGCCGCGAGUGUGGAAGCCAUCCGAUGACAUUGACGACAUCUUUGUCAAGUCACGCGAUGCGACGCUUGCACUGAUCCCACUGUAUGCAACGAUCCAGCCUGACGAUCCGAGUCUACAGAUGUCGGUCGUGUCGCUGGUUGGAGCGCCUGAAGAGUCACUCGAAACGCCCAGUUACGACGAGGCACGUCAUGUUCUGUCGGAACGAAAGUGUGCUGAGAUAGGCCAGCGAUUCCGCCGCGAAGCAGACGCGGCUUACAUCGAGGCGAAGCGCGGCACAGUGUCGAGCAUGUCGCAAGUGCCUAUAUGGAUGUAUGGGGUUUUGGUCGUGUUGGGAUGGAAUGAGGCCAUGGCUGUGCUGCGGAACCCUGUGUACUUUACCUUGCUGUGCAUGGUGCUUGCCACGGCCUACGUGAUAUGGCGCCUGAACCUUGGUACACCGGUGCUUGCUUUGGCAAGCGGCAUGACUCGCGAGUUGCGUGCGUUUGGCGAGGAGCAAUUGCGGACAUAUCUGGACGGAACGCCGCCGUCAGCAAAUAGAGCCCGAGAGUACCGCGUACCAAGUGGCUCGACUGCCCAUGUGUCUGAAAAGACACCACACAGACCUUUGACUACGUCUGGGGCGGCAGAGGCCGACACCGUAGAGGAUUCGCACCCUCGAUUGCCGGCCUCUUUCUAG